AUGAUGAUGACGCCGGACGUGGUCUGCACGAUGACAACAAGGAUGACAGCAGUGACGAACACGAUGAUGACGAUGAUGGUGGUAGUGGAAGUGAGAGCAGCAGUGGAGGUGACGACGACUCCAGCGGCAGCUCCAAUAGUUCCAGUGUUGAAUCCGAUGAUGAACGUGGUCGACGUAGACGACGAGGACGACAUGGACGACAUGAUCAACGGCGAGGACGAGAACGAGCACGUGGAAGACGAAAAAGACCCAGCGUGA